AUAACCCACACACACUCCAUCACACCCCAAACACCCCACUCCAAAUGGAUCCACUCCCCAUCAUCUUCACCGUCGUCCUCCUCGCCGGCGGCCUCUACUGGUUCGUCUUCCUCCUUGGCUCCGCCGAACAAAAGGGCAAACACGCCGUCCACCUCACCGGCGGCUCAAUCCACCAUUCCAACGUCAAAGAAACCUACAACCAGUACUGGUUCUUCUUCCGCCGCCCCAAACACAUCGAAGAAUCCGAAAACGUUCCCGCGUUUGUCGACACGUUCUACAACCUUGUCACCGACAUUUAUGAAUGGGGAUGGGGACAAUCGUUUCACUUUUCUCCGGCGAUUAAAGGUAAAUCGAACCUUGAAUCGACCAAAAUUCAUGAACAGAUGGCUGUAGAUCUGAUUGGAGUGAAGGCUGGACAGAAGAUUCUUGACGCUGGUUGCGGUGUUGGUGGUCCGAUGCGUGCGAUUGUGUCACAUUCAGGGUGUAAUGUCACCGGAAUUACCAUUAAUGAGUAUCAGGUUAAUAGAGCAAAAGCUCAUAACAAAAAAGCCGGAUUGAGUCACCUAUGCGACGUUGUUUGCGGAAACUUUUUAAACAUGCCGUUUGAGGACGAAACUUUCAACGGCGCGUACUCAAUCGAGGCGACAUGUCACGCGCCGAAGCUAGAAGAUGUGUACAGUGAAAUAUUCAGGGUAUUGAAGCCUGGAGCAAUGUACGUUUCAUACGAAUGGGUUACAACUGAGUUAUUCAAUGGUGAGGAUCCGGAACACGUGGAGGUCAUCCAGGGAAUCGAGAGAGGUGAUGCAUUGCCGGGUUUGAGAAACUAUUCAGAUAUUGCUGACGUGGCAAAGAAGGUCGGGUUUGAGGUGGUUAAAGAGAAGGAUUUGGCGAAGCCGCCAGCGGGCCCGUGGUGGUCAAGGUUGAAAAUGGGGCGGAUCGCGUAUUGGAGGAACCAUGUUGUGGUUACGGUACUUGAGGCGAUUGGUGUUGCGCCGAAAGGAACUGUUGAUGUGCAUGAGAUGUUGUUUAAGACUGCGGAUUAUCUUACUAGAGGUGGGGAGAGUGGGAUUUUUACUCCGAUGCAUAUGAUUCUUUGUAGGAAGCCAGAGAAGGUGCAGGAGAGUUGAGCGGCUUCGUUUUGAGGUUUAUUCAUGGUAUUUAUUGUUGGUUUUGGUUACUUUUUUUAGGUUUGGUAUUGGUAUGGUUUAUAUAGUUUGUUAGAGUUAUGAUUUGCUGUGUUUAAUUUGGUUACUUAUUUUGUUAAGGUUGAAAGGACUUCAUUUCACAAAACUUGCCUUAUUUACCUUACAGAAUUAGGUACUGUUAAAGUUAGAGCUUUUGUGGCAUUAAUCUUUUGAGUUAGAAAUGAUAACUUGUAGUUGAAUGAUUA